CGCCUUUUGAGAUAGAGCCGUUGCACGUUGCAAUUCUCUUGUCAAAGGCUGUCAAUAUGGCUUCCUCAGAAAACUACGGGAAGCGGCUCAUUCCGCAGAUCUUGGAUAAUGUAGCUGCUACUGAUCCAGAUCGCAUCGUAUACUCUAUAGCAAAGUCCGCAGACAUCUCUCAAGGUCUGAAACACAUCACUGCAAAGCAGUUUGCUGAAGCUGUGGACAAGACGGCUUGGUGGCUGCAGUCAAAAGUGGGAAAAAGCACAACGCUUGAGGCUCUUGGUUAUAUCGGACCUCAUGAUAUUCGACAUGUUUUGUUGACAUAUGCCAGCGCCAAGGCCGGCUACAAGCCCCUCUUUCUCUCUGCAAAGAACAGUACAGAAGGUGCUCUCGCUGUUCUCAAAGCCACAGACUGCAACAUAUGGGUGCAGCCCACAGAGCAGCCAUUUGGCCCUCUUGUCAAAGAAUUCCUCAGCCAGCGUGCCAUGAGAAUCCUGCAUCUUCCUGGGACUGAUGAGCUCUUGGAUGCAGCAGGAACAGAACACUAUGCCUACAACAAGACUUUUGAAGAGGCCGCGUACGACCCAUUCUGUGUCCUACACACGUCUGGCUCAACAGGUUUGCCAAAGCCCAUCGCUUGGACUCAUGCUCUCAUCGGUACCAUGGACGCCGUGCGAUUGUUGCCGCCUGUCGAGGGCGACCAGGGACUGGCUCCCUGGACGAAUGACUGGAAGAAGGGAGAUCGAAUCUACUCAUCGUUUCCCAUGAGCCAUGGCGCAGGAAUCAUUAUGGACAUAUUGAUGCCAUCGCUUUUUGAUUUGCAGUGCAUUCUGGGACCCGCUGGGGUUAUUCCCAACAUGAAUCUGUUGGAAUCUCUGGCGGACCAUGCUAAAAUUGACAUCUGGAGUCUUGUUCCGUCUCUUACAGAUGAACUGGGUGAGACCUCAGACGUCUUGGCCAAGUUUAGCUCUUCGAAAUUCAUCUGCGCAUCUGGAGGACCUGUUAGUCCGACCAGCGCUGCCAAGGUUAACAAGGUGAUUCGUGUGCUCAACCUUACAGGCACAACCGAAGGUCUCUUCAUCGGCAACCUUGUCGUAGACAGGGAAGACUGGUUUCACUUCUCCUUCCACCCAUACUCUGGCUUCGAGUUCAAGGAGAUCGAGCCCGGUGUAUACGAGCACUGGGUGCGCCGCAAUGAGCAUUGGGAUCUGUUCCAGGGCAUCUUCCACACUUUCCCUGAUAAGGAUGAAAUCAACCUGAAGGACUUGUAUGUCAAGCACCCUACGAAGCCCGACCACUGGGCCUACAAGGGAAGGAGUGAUGAUAUUGUCGUUUUGAGCAAUGGAUACAAAAUCUCCCCGCUAGACACGGAAGCCUUUGUCACCACGCACACCGCCAUCGAAGGUGCCCUCAUCGUCGGAACAGGAAAGAACCAGGCUGCUUUGCUCAUUGAGUUGAAAGACCGCUCGGCAGCGAGUGACGAGCUCUAUGAUAGCAUCUGGGAAACUGUAAAGAAGGCAAAUGCCAUGUCUCUACACAAGGAUCAGCUUCAUAGAGAGUACAUCAUGUUUGCUGAAGCGGACAAACCAUUCAUCCGUACUGACAAGGGAACAAUCAAGCGACGAGCAACGCUGGAACUGUACGCCGACUACAUUGACCGGUUUUACGAGUCGCGGUCAGAGGAGGUGGAUGCCGAGGCUUCCAACAUCCAAGUUGACACAACGUCAAUCGAAUCCAUCACAGCUGCGGUGCGAGAAAUCUUUGUCUCGCUGUCAUCGGCAUUCAAGGGCAUCCCAGACGACGCAGACUUCUUCCAUCUGGGAUUGGAUUCUCUUGUCGCCUACCGGGCUGUACGCUCCGUCCAGGCUGCUAUGGGCUUGAAGGAUCGACUUGCUCCUAGGCAUCUGUACGCUUAUCCCACCAUUGCUCAAUUCUCUGCCUGCCUGAAAGACCUUGCCAGCCAGACACUUGCAGGCGGCUCAAACUCCAAAUCUGCUGAAAAGUUGAACAAGAUGAAGGAGCUUUUGAGCAAGUACAAAUCGCCGCAGGCGCUCAAGAUGAACGGCGUUGAUCUGUUAAAUCCCGGUCUAUACAUAAAGCUCAACAUGUACAUCCCACUCCGGCCCGGAGUGAGCUUUGAUCAAGCCUUCUCAAGACUGCAGCAGGGUUUCGCCCGUUUGAUUAGUCUUUUACCAGUGCUCGACACCAAGAUGGUAAAGUGCUCAGAGCGAGAACCUGGCUACAAAAAGGGACAGCUAAGGCUGGAGUAUCCAGAGCAACCAUUCGCCAAUGGUCACACCAACGGACACACCAACGGCCAUACCAAUGGCCAUACCAAUGGCCACACCAAUGGCUACACCAACGGUCAUACCAAUGGACACAGCUCAUCUCCAAGACAGUUAAAGUACAACGACCUGUCAAAAGUGCUUCCCUCUUUCCAAGAUUUGCGCAAGGACGGAUUUCUUGCCUCCGCAGUCAAGGCCGAUCAGCUCUUGGAUGCCCCAUGGUUCGCCACGCUCCCCUCAGACAUUGUGGUUGCGCAGGCCAACUUUGUAGAGGGCGGCUGUCUUUUGACCUUGGGAACGUUGCAUCCCGCAAUGGAUGGAGUAGGCAUGGUGACUCUUCUCUUGGCCUGGGCAGAAUGCUGCAGGUAUGUGGAGGGAGACAAGUCGGCGGACUGCAACUGGCUGGACGCCGACAGCAUGAACCACAGUCUGCCGCGAACCCUGUGGGAAGAGAGACGGCGUGACCAGCCGGCUCGAGAGGUCGAUCCUGCCACGUGGGAUUAUCUCGGGUUCGAACCAACUGGAGAGCUCAGCAAGGGAGUGAGCGGUUUGAAAGUCCAGAGUUUCAAGCCAGUGCCUGCUGGCUUCCCUGGCCCUGGAAAGCAACCGCGUGACUUGAAUAGCAGCAUGUUCUCCGUCUCACCCGAGAGCCUGGAGCAGCUUAGAAAAGACGUUGCUGCCGAUCCAGAGAUGAAGGGAAUCAACCUUACCGACAGUGAUAUCCUACAUGCUCUAUACUGGCGAGCCAUGAUCAGGGCACGGCACCGCGCUGCAAAGGAGUGCCAUGGCGAAAUCAUCGGCCCUGAAGACGAGUCCACUUUGGAGCUAGUUGUAGAUGCCCGGCCCUAUUUCAAUCCUCUGCUGCCAUCAUCGUACAUGGGCAAUAUGCUCGUUGUCACGCGAUCUUCCUUGCCUGUGGAUGAGCUCUGCUCGCCCAAGACGAGUAUCGGCCGCAUCUCCUUGCUUAUCCGCGAGGCAGCCUCGGGAGUGAACCCGUCAGUCGUCAACGACGCCUUUGGCUUGUUGGAGGGAGUUCCGGACUACACUGACUUGCGGUACGCAUUCAUGCGCCUCGACGGACUCGACGCCAUGAUAACCAACAUGAUGCUGUUCCCAGCCAACGACGUGGCAUUUGGCGGUGAGUUCUUUGAAGCCGGCGGACAGGCAGAGGCGGUGCGAAUUGUACAUGACGGCUUCAACACGGGAUUCAGAAUGUGCGUCAUCCUGCCUUAUCGCAAGGACGGUGGCAUUGAGUUCCUGUUUGGCACGUUCCCUGAGGAACUGGAGAGACUGAAGGAGGACGAGGAGUUUAUGAAGUAUGCCAAGUAUAUGGGAUAAAACAAGGACGGAUAUUUGAGGUAAAUUAAUUGGCGUAAUCGAUCUAGGACAGAAAAUAGAA